AGAUAUAUACCUAUGGAGAAGCAAGUGAUGAAACUAGCGUCACAAAAGGCGGUAGUGAUAUUUAGCAAGUCAUCUUGUUGUAUGUCUCACACUAUCAAGUCUUUGUUUUAUGAUCUUGGAGUAAGUCCAGCAAUUUAUGAACUUGAUGAGAUCUCCAAUGGAAGAGAACUCGAAAGGGCACUUCAAAAAUUAGGGUGUAACCCUUCGGUUCCUGCUGUAUUCAUUGGUGGCCAAUUGAUUCAUAAUUCAACCAGCACCGUCAUGUCUCUUCACCUUAGUGGUUCCCUUAUUCCCAUGCUUAAAAGAGCUGGAGCCAUUUGGCUGUAAACAUGUAAGUUGCAACGACCUCA